GUAACUGUAAGUGCGGUCUGUCUUGUCAGCAAAUAAUCGAGUAGUUUAAGUCCGAAACGUGUUUUACUCACUUGAAACUCGUCUCUAAUGUGUGAGCGUCUUACAGCGCUGAUCAGUGGUGGAAUUGUCGCUGACGGAACGUUGGAUGUCAUGUUUAGGCAGAAACGCAUUUCAUGAACUACUUUGGAAGACUUCCUACAUUUUAGUCUCUAGAUAACUAUUAUUGUUGUGUUUUUUGUAGGUUUGCAGGCUGCUGUUUGGUAUUGUGUAAGCGCGUGGUCGGUAUCUACGGAUCUUCCAGCUGUUUUGUGCUCAAGUUCUCUACAUUUCUCAACGUAUUCAACUGCAGUUCUGCAUUUUUGUAGGUAAACUAGCGCUUGAAUAAUCUUUAGAAGCCGUUGAACAGACGUUCUGCAACGAUUUGUUGCGUGUUUGCGGUAGCAGAGAGUGACAGUGUAAUAACUGCGACAUGAAUGCAGCUCUUACCGGUAGAGAGAAGGCUCAAAGCGGUACUGAAAAGGAAUGUAUUUUGGCGUUUUCAUCCAAGAAAGCUAGUGUGUUGCAACAACUACAAACAUGUCUUCAGCCUGCCAUCAAUGCCUUGAUAUCUGACCAAGUGUUUACUAAGGAAGCUGUAGCAAACGUUAGUAACAUUUUGAAAGAAAUGAACGAUCCAGAAUUAGCAUCAGAAAUUCUUUACGACAUGGUGAUCGACAAGGCUCGAAGCGACCCUCGUAUCGUAGGGAAGUUUUGGAAGUCUGUUGGCAAAGUGAACUCGACUGUUUGCAACCUUCAUUCACGGUUAACAUGGCAACAGCUGAAACAAAACCGAAGUGGCGUUGUAGAGAUUAAUAUCUCUGUUAUUGAUGCAUGUGUUAAGAAGGGUAUCAUUACACAGGAACAGCACAAGGCUCUGAUGGCAGCCAAACAACGGAGAGAGUCUGAAUUUGUCGCUAACAAAUUUUUUGAUAUGUUGGAAAAGUUGUCUGAAUAUGAUGAAGGGUCCCAACUGGCAGAAUUUGAGAAGAUACUCAAGGACAAGCAGCCAGAGGUACUGAAGGUAUUGCUGAAAGCCGAUUUUGAAGCAGCUCAUACUCAUGCCCGUCGUCACACUGUUCGUAGUCCGUUACCAGCAGUUUCUGUUUCGUCAAAUCAAGGGAACAGUAGGAACAAUAAGCCUUAUCCGUUGCCUGUUGCUGUGUCGGCUCCAGGUAGCAUGGGUAGCUUAUCCAUAGACUCUAGAGAAGGUAACGAACACAUAAGAACUUUUAAUUUAAUUGAUUUAUAUAUACACUCUUGUAUUGAAGUUGCUAUUGCUUCGUCGAGGAAUAAACCAGGAACUUUACAAUCGAAGCCGCUUGUGUCGUUAAAGGUAGAUUCUUCAUCUCAUUCUUUUGCUGGUUACAAUCCACACGCUACGGAUAAUUCUCAGGCACUUGAUUUCACGAGUGGGAAUCGAAAAUUUCACGAAAUGAUGAUAGGCGACUGCCGUCUCACGAAAGAUAACAGUUUUUUCACAAUUGAGCUGGAAAAGCUCGUUCCAGACAAGGUAAUAGAUCUGUACCGCAAACGUGGCGGUAAGGGUUUUGCUGUCCAUCUCAAGCCAUAUUUAGUGGACUUGCUGAAACGAAGGGAGAACUUUCAAUCAGUUGUAGAUAUGUUUGCUUUGGCGUUUCACGAAGACGGAAAGCAAACAACUACAGUACUCCCACCUCUGCUCUUGGAGUUAACUCCCAAAGAUAUUUUUAUUGCUUUAUUAGAGGUAAUGCCUGCUGCAGUUCACAGUCGCCUCGUGUCUCUCUAUUCGAGUCUGUACUGCGCUGUUCCGGUCGCUUACGUUCUUCAACUUUCUAGAGGCGACGCCCGAACAGUCAUUAACUUCAAAUCUCUUCAAGAUGUUCUCGCAGUUCCAAGUUAUCCACUCGUCGUAUCAUGUGGUACAGCAAACGCUGUACGGAAAGGUAAAUCAACAUUGACGGGGAAGUUGGUAGGACAACUAAAGACUACGUCAUUGAGUUUUGAUUCGUUUGAUGUGUGCUCUGACGAAGGUGAUGGCGGCUUAUGUCAUUCCCCUUCUAUUGAUCUUUUACUUGAGGUCAAAUCUAACGUUCCGUGCUGUCUCAACUUCGCCGAUGUCCACGGGUUUACGAAUGAGAAAACGUUUUGUCAUGCUUUGUCCACUCUUUGCUCGGUCGCAGCUCUAGUACUUGUUCACGUGACUGCUAAUGACUUUGGUCCUGGAGGUUCUCUUGGUGACAGUUUGCGGUCGUUUUUACUAAACAGUUGUAAUCUUCUUUCCGCAAACGCGGAAAUUGUUAUUUUUGUUCGCGAUGUUUCCAAUAGUACCAAAAUGUCUGCUUCCUUUCCACAACCGUCACAGAUUCGUCAGUCGUUAAGAAAGAUUCUUCCCAAUAGAAUGGCACAAGUUGUGCUCGUCGAAGAUCUUGCCAAUUGUCGCACUAAGGGGCAGCGACAGAUGACUGUCAUACGUAUUGGAGAUCAGAUGGCUCCGAUAUUUCGUAACCUGAAGAAACGAUUACCCUGUUUAGAAGUUGUUGAAGAGCGUUUUGUUUCUUGCUGCUCUGGACAAGCCCGGGAUCUAGUUUCACACAGAAGAGAGUCUUACAAGUUAGACGGAUUUUCUUCUUUAGGGAGAAAAACGUAUGAGGCUCUUGAAGCAAGCAAACAGGAGGGAGGCGAGAUUGCUAACCGACUUUUUCCUCUAACAGCGAUUUACGCUGCAAAGGCUAAAAUUAUUCACAGGCGAAAACAACUUUAUGAAAUUAGAAAUAAAGAGAAGGGAAACGAGGUUGACGUAGAAUUAGUAAAACUACGAAACGAAGAGGCAGAGUUGGACAAUCGAAGGCAAACGAUAUCUUCGAUAUCUCGUCCAGUCGAGCUAUUCCUUAGUCUUGUUUCAGACAAAAAUCACCACCAAUUGGCAGAAUUUCAACAUUACUUGGAGGUGUGGAAAGCGCAAUAUAUCGAACCUCUCCUUGACAAAAGACGAGAGCUGAUGAAACAAAUGGAAACAAUCAAACGCACAGAUGAAAAGGAAAGUAAAGAGCAAACUCAACAUACAAUAGCUAGUGUCGAACGCGAGCUGAAGGAAAUUUCCUCUCGUAUUGACCAGUUUGACGUAUCGCUAGAUUCUUUCUGGAGUGAGUUGAUGGAACUUUGUGCUUUACGAGAAAAUGAUACGACAGUGAAUGUUCAUUUGAGAAAACUCCCUCUAGAUCCACAGUUGACUAAGCAAAUUUACACGCAAUGUGUAUUGGAAGGUUAUCCUAUGCAAUUACUUCGAGGAAAUCCGUUACAGAUGACUGCAAGCAAGUUUAUAGAAGAUAUAAUGAGACAACUAGGAGUUGAGUUGAAGAACAGAAGUAACUUGCUUGUUGUAUCAGUUAUAGGCGCGCAGAGUUCUGCUAAGUCUACAUUGCUCAAUUACUUGUUUGGUUGUGGGUUUGCUACAAGGGCGGGAAGAUGCACGAAGGGUUUGUAUGCUUCAUUCGUACGCAUAUCGGACGGAAGAUAUCUUUUAGUUCUUGAUUCGGAAGGGCUUUUGUCUUUGGAAGGAGGUGGUCACGUGUUUGACGGUCAAAUUACGGUGAUGGCUAUGGCUUGUUCCGAUGUCGUUAUAGUGAACCAUAAGGGUGAAAUUUCCUCGCAGAUGAGAAAACUAUUAGAAGUUUGUUUGUACGCAAUGGAUUAUCUGAAGGUGGCCGACAUGCGACCAGAAAUGAUGUUCGUUUUGCGAGACCAAAUAGAUCGUACCACUAAAGUACAAAGCGAUUCGCUAACAGUGAUGAAGGAUAUGCUUAGAGAAGCAAUGGGAAGUGGAGAGAAGAACCUUGAUGAUCUCGUGUCUUUGAGAGAAGACGCUAUAUUUCUUCUUCCAAGUGCAUUUUCUGAAGUAAAACUAGAAGGUCGGACGGUGAAAUUACCGACUGGUGUGUUUUCCGAAGAGGCCUUUUCUUUACGCAGAGAGAUACUGCAGUCUACGCUUGGCGAUCGUUCAACGUUAUAUCCGCGUGAGGGCACUGACUCUCUCGUAAAAUGGUAUCGUGACGCUGGUAUAGUGUGGAAUAUUCUUACUAAGUUCGGUCACACAUUAUUGCAUUACAAAGCUCUGAAAGAAUUGAAUUUUUUAUUAUUCGUCUUCACAAAGAGAUAA